CCAGAGACGUUCCCUGCCGUGAACGUUUCGCCGGUUAUAAGUCUUGGCCGAGAUCUAUAUAGUUCGCCUUCCUUUUUUUUGUGUGUUGUUAUAACCUUUUCAAACACUCCGUCUCUAUAUCGAGGGCUGCUUAAACGUUUCGUCUCUACAUCGAGGGCUAUAGUAGUCUCACAAUGGGGGCGACUUGGCUCCUCCCGGCGCUUCUCAUCGCCGGCGCUCCGUCGUACGUCCUGGGCGACGGCGUCGGCAUGAUUGGAUUCGGCAAAACAAUGUAUCAACCCCCAUGCACGUUUGCAUGUCGCGGGGUGAUCGCGAAAUGUCAGCUCAGAUGUACACCACCACCACCACCAGCAGGCCACGGCAGCUCGGCCGGGGGAGGCGGGCACUCAGCCUCGAUGACGCCGCCCGAGUGCUACGCGAGCGACUUGGCGUUUAUGCAAACGCUGGCGCUGUGCAUAGACAGGUACUGCCCUCAGAGCGAUGGCCCGACCCUCGGCGACAUUGAAGGGUAUUGGGGGACUCAUCUGGCGACGGGGACGAUCGCAACCGACAAGUUUCCGCCUGCCGUGAGUUACCAGGAGGCACUGCGGGCUGCGUUGAUGGAUGAGCGCAACGCAACAGGAGCCUCCAACGAAACGCAAAGUUCCAGUGGGGGGCAUGCUCAUAGACGACGGUCUAUUAUCGUCCCUCGGCAUGGUGGACAUGAUGACAUGGACGAGGUAGGCACGACACCGACCAACUCGUCACUCCCCAUCAUCAAGUCCGGAGCGCCGCUCAACGUGACGAGCUUUAUACGGAAGGGGGACUGGCAGAAGCAGUACAACGGAUUCAAGUCAUUCGAGAUCAACGAGACUGGACAUACGAAAUCCACCAUCAUCAUCGUUCUUGUAGCCGUGUUGCUACCCGUCGCCGUGUCUCUGGUCCGAUUCGUCCCAUCCCUCGCCCGCAGCCGCACAUGGGCGUGGGCGAACUCGGUCCUCGUGUACCCGCCGCUCUGGGGCGACAAGCACCGGCAGCCAAGUGUGCGAGCCCUUGGCGGCGGAUAUGUGCCCACACGCGGGCAGUCGUGGUACAUCCUGGUCCUCGUCGUUCUGAACGUCAUCUUGCUCGUCGCCCCGUACCAGUACCUCCACCCGCAGUCCAUCUUCCCCACGCUGCGAAAGAUGGAAAUCAGCACCAUCGGGAACCGUGCCGGCGUCAUGGCAAUGGGCAACGUUGUUGUCCUGACACUGUUCGCCGGUAGGAACAACCCGCUCCUCGCGUUGACGGGGUGGAACUACGACACGUACCUGCUCUUCCACAGGGCUGUCGGUUACCUCGCCAUCUUCCACACGGUCCUGCACUCGGUCAUGCUGCUGGCUUCCUAUAAGCUCUCCGGGAGAUACGACGCAGAGGCGUCAAAAGCGUACUGGAUCUGGGGCGCCGUGGCCACAGUCGCAGCAUCCGUGCUCUGGCCAGCGUCCGUCUUGGCCGUGCGAAAGCGCUUCUACGAGGUUUUCUUAACGGUACACCAAGUUCUCGUCGUCAUCAUCCUGGUCGGGUACUUCUACCACAUCUUGUACUGCUACGGCAUGAAGUGGGGCUAUGAGAUCUGGUGUUACAUCGCAGGGGGCAUCUGGGCCGCAGAGCGCGUGUUCCGACUGGGCCGCAUGGUGCUCAUGGGCUGGAGGAGUGCGGCAGUGACCGAGGUCCAAGGGUCCGGGGGCGAAUACAUCCGCGUCGACAUCGACGGGGUGUUUGCCCACGGCCUGGUCUACCUCUACUUCCCAACCCUGAGCUGGAUGUUUUGGGAGAACCAUCCAUUCUCGGUGGCGUCGUCCAUGUUCCAUGAGAAGGAGGAGGAGGAGGAGGAGGAGGAGGUGCAGUCGAGUGGCACCGGGACGCCGACGACGAGCAGUGAGUCAACAAAGGGAAUCAACAGCUCUCGUAUACAGCUGCGCAAUGUCACUUGCGAAAAAACGUCGGGAGGCCAGACAUUGACGCGGCAAAGGGUAACAAUAGUCAUGCGGCGGCAGUCUGGCAUGACGGCCCGCCUUGCAGCCCGAGUUGCUGCCGCAGCGGGGGGCGCACUGCGACUGCCCGUUCUCGUCGAAGGCUCGUACCACUGCACACCAUCGUCCCAGCUGUCUCAAUGCACGACGCUCCUCUGCAUUGCUGGGGGCGUGGGUGUGAGCGCCGUCCUCCCGCUCCUGCACGAGCACGCGGCGGCGCGGCGUCGUCUCUGCUGGGGCAUGCGGACGGCAAGCCUCCUGGACGAGUUCCGCGCCGACAUCACGAGCCUGCCCGCGUCCGUGCAGGUAGACACGAGCGUCGGGUCCAGGCUGGACGUCGAAGCAAUGUUGCGAGAGGAGCUCACGUGUCGGACGGACGGGGACCGAGGGCCGACGGGUGUGGUGGUUUGCGGACCGCCGCAAAUGGCAGACACGGUGAGGAAGGAGGUGGCGAGGCUGGCCCGAAGCGGUGCGCUGCGUCGUGGGAUUGUGCUUGUCGAUGAGACGUUUAGCUGGUAA